CUUUUGGAUAUUUUGUCACUGGUGUACGAACGUAAACGUCUUCGACGAGACCUAAGCUGGUUCCAGAUCCGCGUUACAACCUAGGUGCGGACGAAUGUCGUCUUCGAUCAAUAUCUCCUGCAUAUUAGAUGUGCCGAUCAAUUAUACAUAUUAGCACUUGUAUAUGCGUCCCGAAUCGAGACUCUUCGUACAUUGCAUGCAUGAGUUAGCAGGUACGGGUUGCAAUACAACUACGAAUACGUCCUAUCGUUCUUGGUCAAUCUAGCAAGACAAGAAAUUGGCGCUCUUGUAACAAUCCUCCGCGUACUGACUGAGAAGUACAAGUCAGAAAAAUACACAUUGUUGUCUUUUCUCAAUUAGAAUCAAAAAAAUGUUGUCUGACGAAGACGAAGUUUUGCCUCCGAAGCGGCGAAGAGGGGAGAGCGGAACGAACAGGCAUCAAGAGAGGAGAAGCAAAAAAGCGUCCAAACCACGUUCGAGACCAGUACCUGCGCCGAUUGUAAAAAUAGAUUAUGGCUUCUGUUUCUUUCACAUUUCACUGUAAGCCUAAGCACAUAGAUUUCAUAGUUAGUACUUCUAAUCCCCAGUAACCGAAGAGAUGAAAGAACGGGUGGAGCAAAUACUGAAGGACGAGCCUGCGAGGAUAGCCAGAGACGUAGAGGCGCAAGUGCAAUUGAGACUCGACCAGAUGUGGAAGGAACGAAAAACAACUCUCGAACGGCAAUACGAAAGGCGGAAACGGGACGAAAUCCUCCAAGAGCAGAGGACUCUAGAGACCGAUACGCAGAUGAAAAAAGUCCAUCAUUGGAAGCAAAAGAAUAUUGACGCUAUCAUAGAGCAAAAUCUGCGGAAAAUUCAAGAAAACCAGGAGAAGGUUACUCCUGCUGCCGCUCCUCCUGUGGCUGGGGAUCAUGUUGUGGGGAGUUCAACAAUGACUAGUGGGGGGAUUUCAAAAUGAUGGAUUUUGGAAGGUUGUCUUCUAGUAUUGAUCAUGGCUUUUUCUCGCGCGUGUUUCCGCAAACUUUCUGGUUCCUUCUGGC